UUUGGCUGAAUCUCAAAGUGAUUUUCUUUUUUGGAGAGAGGGAGAGGAAAGCACUGGAAAAAAAAGAUGCUUGAUUGAGCACAAAGUUACUCGACUUGCCUGUGAGUGACUGAGCGAGUGAGUGGGUGAGUAACGAGAGAGAGAGGGGGAGAGAGCGCGAGAGCAAAGGAACCUAUCGAGAGAGCAGAGGGGAGAGGCGGCACAGUUACCACAUUAAGCAGCAGACGCGACAUUUGUAGCAAGUGGAGAGAAACGGAACCACACAGAAAGGAAAAGGAAAAACACCGCUUUCUUGUGGAUUACUGUUGGGGGAAAAUACGUUUACUACAACAACUCAAAAACAAGUACGAGCAGAUCGUCAAAUCGUAAGGAAUCGGGAAGGUUGUCGGCCACAGGAAGUACCCAUAAUGCACGGCGCCUGCGGUGCAGCCAUGCCCACCCGCCGCCUGUAGAGGGACCCGCCGCCCCAGCAUGUCCGCCCACCCCCAGCCUGUGCCGCAGGGCCGGCGGGCCGUGGACGCCCGACACCUGGCCACCCCCGCCGCCCUGCCCCUGCAGCUGGCCCGGGCGCACACAGAGGUAGGACUGGCUGACUACCACCCUCACUCGCGGGACUACACUUCCCACGUUCCCCAUGCGGCCCUGGCCCAGCCCCACCACCGCCGCCGGCCCUCGCUGCUGUCCGAGUUCCAGCCGGGGAACGAGAGAGGUCAAGAGUCCCACAUCCGCUACGAGCACAUUUACAUGCAGGAGCCCAACAGCCAAUCGGAGGUGGAGUAUGAAAUGAAACGCCCCAGGCUGGAGAUGGGGGCGGAGCCUCUUCUGCGACACCCCACCCACCGCCUGUCCGCUCAGCUGGGCGGGACCGAGGACCUGUCCAAGGACCGAAGCAGCAGCUUGGGCCGGCUGGAGCCCAUCUCCCCCGUCAGCCCGGCCCAGAUGGACCCGGAGCUGGACCUGGUACCCGCUCGGUUCUCCAAGGAGGAGCUGAUCCAGAACAUGGACCGCGUGGACCGGGAGAUCACCAUGGUGGAGCAGCAGAUCUGCAAACUGCGCAAGAAGCAGCAACAGCUGGAGGAGGAAGCGGCCAAGCCCCAGGAACCGGAGCGGCCCAUCUCCCCCCCGCCCAGCGAGGCCAAGCACCGCAGCCUGGUUCAGAUCAUCUACGAUGAGAACAGGAAAAAGGCCGAAGAAGCCCACCGGAUCCUGGAGGGUCUGGGACCGAGAGUGGAGCUGCCUCUCUACAACCAGCCCUCCGACACCAAGCAGUACCAUGAGAACAUCAAAAUAAACCAGGCGAUGAGGAAGAAGCUCAUCCUGUAUUUCAAGAGGAGAAAUCAUGCGCGUAAACAGUGGGAACAGAAGUUCUGCCAGCGCUAUGACCAGCUGAUGGAGGCCUGGGAGAAGAAGGUGGAACGCAUCGAGAACAACCCGCGGCGCCGCGCCAAGGAGAGCAAGGUGCGCGAGUACUACGAGAAGCAGUUCCCCGAGAUCCGCAAGCAGAGGGAGCUUCAGGAGCGCAUGCAGAGCAGGGUGGGGCAGCGUGGGGGCAGCCUGACUUCAGCAGCUGCGCGCAGUGAACACGAAGUGUCUGAAAUCAUCGACGGCAUCUCUGAGCAAGAGAACUCGGAGAAGCAGAUGCGGCAGCUGGCCGUCAUCCCGCCCAUGCUGUUCGACGCCGAGCAGCAGCGCAUCAAGUUCAUCAACAUGAACGGCCUGAUGGACGACCCCAUGAAGGUGUACAAGGACCGGCAGGUCAUGAACAUGUGGAGCGAGCAGGAGAAGGACACCUUCCGCGAGAAGUUCAUCCAGCACCCAAAGAACUUUGGCCUGAUCGCUUCCUUCCUGGAGAGAAAGACGGUGGCGGAGUGCGUCCUCUUCUACUACCUGACCAAGAAGAACGAGAACUACAAAAACAUUGUGCGCCGAAACUACCGCCGCCGUGGCCGGAGCCAGCAGCAGCAACAGCAGCAGCAACAGGUGAACCGAAGCAGCCACGAAGAGAAGGAUGAGAAGGAUAAAGAGAAGGAGGGAGAAAGGGAGGAGGAAAAGACGGAGGGCGACGACAAGGAAGACGGGAUGAAGGACGACACCUCCGGAGAGGACGGCGAGGACAAGGAGCCGGCCGUGGCCUUCAAGGGCCGCCGCACGGCCAACAGCCAGGGCCGGCGCAAGGGCCGCAUCACGCGCUCCAUGGCCAACGAGGCGGACGAGACGGCCACGCCGCCGCUCAGCAGCGAGCUGGCUAACCUGGAGAUGAAUGAGAGUUCUCGCUGGACUGAAGAGGAGAUGGAAACCGCCAAAAAAGGCCUUCUCCAGUAUGGUAGGAACUGGUCCUCCAUUGCCAAGAUGGUGGGCUCCAAAACCGUGUCCCAGUGCAAGAACUUCUACUUCAAUUACAAGAAGAGGCAGAAACUGGAUGAGAUUCUGCAGCAGCACAAAAUGAAAUCGGAGAAGGAGCGCAAGGCCCGCCGCAAGCGCAAGGCGGCGCCCAGCGAGGAGGCCAGCGCCCCGUCGGCUGCCGAGGAGGAGGAGAUGGAGGUGUCGGGGGCCAGCGGCAACGAGGAGGAGCCCACGGAGGACGGGGAAGCAGGGGCCAACAACAGCUCGGACACAGAGAGCCUGCCGUCACCCCGGUCCUCCGAGGAGAGCAAAGCCAAAGAGGAGAGCAAGCCCAGCCAGGGGGGCGGGGCGGAGGGCGGGGCCCGGGACGAGGAGGGCGGGGCCAGGGACGGGGAGGCCGGGCGGGGCGGGGAUGAGAAGCCGCCCGCCCCGCUGGAGCAGGCCGUCAAGCAGGAGAAGGUCGAGGCCGGGGAGGGCAGCAAGGAGCAGGCCGGGGACUGCGGUGAGAAGAAGCCCGCCGCCGACGCCGAGGCGGCCAAGGGGUCCGGCAAGGGCUCCAAGCACGGGCCCAAGACGGGCUCCAACGCCGACAGCGACUCCAGCGCCACCUGCAGCGCCGACGAGGUGGAGGAGACGGACAACGCGGACAAGAACAGGAUGACAUCACCCAGGCCCAGCUUGCUGAACUACUCCCAUGAGGGGGUCAUCUCCUCCCCCCUGCAGAAACCCAUGGACCUCAAGCAGCUGAAGCAAAGGGCCGCUGCCAUCCCACCCAUCGUGCCCGAGGCCACGGCGCAGGGUGGGGCCCGGGGCGGGCCCAAGCAGCAGCAGCAGGUGCCGCCGCAUGCCCUGGCGCUGUACCAGCAGCAGAUCACCAUGGCGCACGAGUCGUCCCAGGAGGGCUCCCCCCACAGCAAGCAGCAGAAGGCGCAGCACCUCCUCCAGCAGCAGGCCGACCGGGAGCCCCGCGUGGGCAGCCCCCGAAACCGCACCCGCAGCCCCGCCUCCACCACCAGCGACAAGGAAGAGCUGGAGGGCAACGAGAGAUGGCUUCAGACUCUUCUUCACAGAUUACACAAGUCCAGGGCGUUCUCUCCUCAUGGGGAGGGUAAGAAGCACGGGGGCGGUGAGGACCCGAGGCCCGCCAACCUGAGCCGGCCGGUCAUCUCUCCGUACCAGCUCUCGCCCAGGGACAUGGCCAAGCUGAGCCACGACCAGCACCUGCUGCACUUCAACCCCGCGUUCCAGCCGCCCGCGCACGGCGUGCCCCUCGGCCUGCCUCAGGACAGCGGCAGGCUGGCCGCCAUCAGGCCCCUCCACAUCCCCGAGCCGCCCCCCCUCAUCUCCUCCGCCAAGCCGGGCGGCUCCAUCACACAGGGUACGCCGGUUCAGCUGCACAGCCCCGCCCACGGGUCAGAACACGGGAAGGUUCCCGCCGGACCCCUGGGCUUGUCCUGGAUGGAGCAGAAGAAAGUGGGUGAGUCCAAGUGUCUGGAGUGGGUGACACACUCCCAGCCUUGGUUCGCUGGCCCCUUCCCCGUGGUCAAGCAGGAGCAGCUGUCCCCCCGAGGACAGGCCGCGCAGGCCGAGAACCUGUCCAGCCAGGGAGCGUCCCACGACAGCGCGGCAGGACGGGGGUCCAUGCAGGCUGUGCAGGGUGGCAGCAUAACAAAGGGCCUCCCGGGCACCAGGGUCCACCCAGACACGCCCAUCUCCUAUCGGGGCGGGUCCAUCACUCAGGGCACCCCCGCGGACGUGCUGUACAAGGGCACCAUCACUCGCCUGAUCACGGAGGACAGCCCCAGCCGGGCGGAGCGGGCGCGUGAGGAGGCCCUGUCCAAGGGCCAGCUGGUCUACGAGGGCAUCAGCGGCCACAUCUCCCUCACCUACGACCGGGCGGCGCCUCAGAACCCUAAAGAGGAGGGGCGGGGGUCCGGUGCCCCCGGCGAGAUUCUGGGACUGAAGCGCCCGUACGACGUGAUGGAGGGGGGCAUCUCCCGCGGGCUGCCCAUCCGGGAGCCGCUGUCUGCUGCCAACUGCGAAGGGUUGAUUGGGAGGGCCAUGCCCCAGGAGAGACACAGCCCGCACCACUACAAGGAGGCGCACCAUAUCCGCGGCUCCAUCUCGCAGGGUAUCCCCCGCCACGUGGACCCCCAGGACGAGUACAUGAGGAGGGAGGCCAAGCAGAUGAAGAGGGAGAGCUCCCCGUCCCGGGGCUCCGGCCCGCCCCCGGACCCCCUGAAGGGCCGCCCCCACGAGGGCAUGGUGCCCACGGUGAAGGAGGGCGGGCGCUCCAUCCACGAGAUCCCGCGCGAGGAGCUGCGGCACGUGCCCGAGUCCGUGCUGACGGGCAAGCCGCCCAAGGAGGGCUCCAUCACGCAGGGUACCCCGCUGAAGCAGGAGUCGGGCGGCUCCGGGAAGAGACACGACGUGCGCUCCAUCAUCGCCAGCUCGCCCCGCUCCUACCACGGCGUGCCGCCGCACCUGGACCUGCGCGGGGCCGAGCGGGAGCGCGAGCGCGAGCGGGAGCGCGCCCGCUACGAGGAGGGCCUGAAGGCCCGGCCCAGCGCCGUGGUCAGCACCGCCAGCUCGCUGGCCCGCGCCUCCCCGCUGGCCCUGGGGCCCGAGCAGGGGGCCAAGGCCCACCACAGCCCGCUGGGCUACGACGAGCACAAGGCGGCGCUGCGGGCGCCCUACCCGGGCCCCGCCCACCGCAGCUCGCCCGUGUCCUCCCGGGAGGCCAGCCAGCGGCAGCACGAAGGUUCCAGUAAAUCCCAGUCCCAGGAGCGCAAGACCACACCCACGCCACGGGAGAUGAGCUCCACCAAGUCCCCGCUGACGGGUGUGGCGGAGCACCACGCCUCGCUGGCCUCCUACGAGCGUCUGCUGCAGGGCCUGGGGCCCGACGUGUACCGGGGCCAGAUCCCACUGGCCUUCGACCCCAGGGGCAUCCCCAUUGACCCAGCGGCGUAUUACCUCCCCCGCCACCUGACCCCGAACCCGAGCUACGCGCACCCGUACCCGCCCUACCUGAUCCGCGGCUACCCGGACACGGCGGCGCUGGAGAACCGGCAGACGCUGCUCAACGACUACAUCACCUCCCAGCAGAUGCACCAGUGGCCGGCGGCCGCUGCCAUGGCUGCCCAGCGCUCCGACCUCCUGAGGGGCCUCUCCCCCCGCGACCAGCCCCUGGCCAUACCCUACUCUGCGGCCCCCCGCGGUAUCAUCGAUCUGUCUCAGGUGCCACACUUACCUGUCCUGGUCCCUCCCUCCGCAGGGGCAUCUGGCUCCCCCAUGGACCGCAUCACCUACAUCCCAGGAGCGUCCAGUGCCUUCCCCAGCCGACCGUACACCACCUCGCCCAUCUCGCCAGGUGGGCCUUCGCACAUGAGCAAGAUGCAGGGAGCGUCCUCCUCAUCUGAGCGGGAGAGGGAGAGAGAGAGGGAGAGAGACCGGGACCGAGAGAGAGACCGGGAGAGGGAGAGGGACCGGGAGAGAGACCGCGAGAGGGAGAGAGAGAGGGAGAGGGAGAGAGAGAGGGACCGGGACCGGGAGAGGGACCGGGAGCGGGAGAGAGAGCGAGACCGCGAGCGCGAGCGAGAGAGGGACCGGGACAGAGAGCGCGAGCGGGACCGGGACAAGCCCGCCUCUCUGGGCCACGGCACUGUGGAGCACGCGCCCAUCUGGAGACCAGGCACAGAGCAGAGCUCAGGCGGGAGCGGCGGCGGCGGUGGCGGUGGCGGCAGCGCCCGUCCCUCCUCACACUCCUUCGGUCACCAGCACUCGCCCGUGUCCCCGCGCGCCCAGGACAGCCUGCAGCAGCGGCCCAGCGUCCUGCACAACACCGGGGGCAAGAGCCUGGCGGUGUCCGCCGAGCACGCCAGCCCCUCCGUCCUCAGGUCUCUGCAAUCAGGCUCGUCACGUUACCCGGGCUACAGCACCCACCUGCAGAGGACAGGGGUCCCCCCUGAGGCCUACCUCUCCGGCCUGGACUCUGCAGGGGUCAAAGAUCUGACCCGGAGCUCGGAAGGGGGCAAAAGCCAGAGCAGGGGAGGCAGCGGCAGCCAGUCCAAGCACCCGCAAGACCAGCACGGCUCCUCCUCUUCCUCCUCCUCCUCCUCCUCGUCCUCCAGCAAGUCUGAGCCCAAGCUGGUGAGCCCGCCCCCCGGGGGGGUGUACGGUGGGCCCUACCCGCCGGGCGCCGCCCACCUGGGCCACCACUCAGGCCGGCCCCACCCGCUGCUGCCCCCCCACCAGCACCCUCCGCAGCCGGAGAACGCGCCGGGCCGCGACGGCGGCGGCGGCACCCCUAGUAGGGAAAAGACUCAUAGCAAAGCGAUGUCCGUGCAGGAACAGGAGCUCCGAGCACUCGGUCCCCCCGGAGGUUAUAACUCUAAUAGUUUGGAUGGGAUUGAGGCAAUAAGUCCAGCUAACUCGCCUGUACAGAUCCAUGAGAAAGGCCUCAGACAGAUCCAGCAGGCCGACAAAGUGCAUAAUCUUGUAGACAAGCGCCACAGAGCACAAGCAGCCCAGCAGAAGAUGGGGUCUCUGGAGCAGCACGGCCUCUAUCGGCCCCCCUCCGAAGGCAGCCUGUCCCCCAGCCACCCCAGCCAGCAGCCCGCCACGCCCUACGUCAAGGGCAGCCAGAGGGUGGUGACGCUGGCCCAGCACAUUAGCGAGGUGAUCACUAAGGACUACACGAAGCAGCAGACCCAGCACCAGGCCCCUCCGCAGACAGUGUACUCCUACCAGACCUCCCCCGUGCUGGACCUCACGCGCCCCCCCAGCGCCCCCCAGCCCCUGCAGGCCUCCCAGGACUCGGGCCAGGGCUCGCGCUACCCUGCCGAGGGGGCGUCCGGAGAACGGGGCCGGGACCGGGACCGAGAGCGAGACCGAGACAGGUCUCCUCCUCAGAGCAAGGUGUCCCCUGAGAGCCUGUCCACAGACGGCAUCGAGCCUGUGUCCCCCGCGGGUGGGAUGUCCGAACCCGAGAUGCAAGGAGGCUCCUACUCCAACGAGCAGGGAGACCAGGCGACUGGCUCCCGCUCCCCCGCCAGCAACUCCCAGCCCCCCGCCUUCUUCAGCAAGCUGACGGAGAGCAACUCGGCCAUCGUCAAGUCCAAGAAGCAGGAGAUGAUCAAGAAGAUGACAGUCAGCGGAAGCGAGACCGAGUACAAUUCCGGCCAGCCAGGGACCGAAAUCUUUAACAUGCCUGCUUCAACGACUGCAGGGUCCAUCACAACCCGAAGCCACCCUGCUCCCGAGGCCACGGGUAACACCAUAGGCCUGGAGGCCAUAAUUAGGAAAGCCCUGAUGGGCAAGUAUGACGACCAGGCGGAGGAGCGCUCCACCUCCAAUGCUAUUAACCCCCUGGCUGCCAGUGUGACUGCCGCUAUGCCCGUAGCUGACGGACGGAAUGAGGACACUUACUCCCUGCCAGGUGUGGGGAAGUCGAAGGGCAGCGGGCGUUCCAACGGGCGCAAGGCCAAAUCCCCAGGGCCCGGUCUCUCGGGAGGCGAGAGGCCCUCGUCCGUGUCCUCUGUGCACUCCGAUGGGGACUGCAACCGGCGCACGCCCCUCACCAACCGAGUCUGGGAGGACCGGCCCUCCUCCACAGGCUCCACGCCCUUCCCCUGCAACCCCCUGACGAUGACGAUGCGGUUCCCCAGCGGCAUGGUGUCCGUGCCGUCCCCCUCCUCGGGCCAGCCCGGAGCCCAGGGGCAGGGCCAGGGCCAGGGGCAGGGGCCGGGACAGGGGCCGGGACAGGGCCGAUCCUGGGACGAGGAGCCCAAGCCCCUGCUGUGCUCCCAGUACGAGACCCUGUCCGACAGCGAGUGAGCGAGGAAUUCGAGAGAGAGAGAGAGACCCACACCACGGACCAGAACCACCGCCCACUGUCACCCCCCGAAUCUGCUGCUGCCGCACACACACAUACACAAGCACACACAUCUCCUUCAGCUCCAGAACUCUGUCACAAAGCCUGAAAACGAGUCCCAACAUUGACUCUCCCCUGCUCCAAUCGGAGAACACAGUGAGUGCAGUCACCAUGGAGCACAGCUGCUGAGAACGCCCGCGUGUACGUGUGUAUGUCAACGUGAAAGUGUGUGUGUGUGUGUGUGUGUGUGUGUGUGUACGUGUACGCUCACUCACUCCAGGACUAUUCUUAGGACAAAUCACUCUUUUUUUUUUAUUAUUGUUGUUGCUAUUCUUAUACAUUUUUUUCUCUUGCUGGCCUUAUCAAUGGAGAAACACACCAACUCACAUUGCAUUUUUUUUUUUUUUUUGUGCGGUCAUUUUGUUUUAUGUGUUUGACUGUCUGUGGAAGCGACUUGGUACGACCUCAUAGUCGGAUGCCAAUCUUUUAUUUGUAAGUGAUCCUGGGACAUUUGCAUUGUUUCGGGACACCUCCACACACCUCGAGCAGCACCCACUCACACUCUCUGACCCUCCAUGGACAGAGGAGACCCAUGUCCCACAGGAAGUGGCCCCCCAGAAGAGGAGGACCUGGGGCGCGUGUCCUCGCGGCCGUGGACUCAGGAACCCGGGCCCUUCGUAAAACACAGGCGGGCGAGAGGAGAGGACGUUUCGCAAAAACCAGCCAGGCCUUCUGAACACUUUGGUACCUUUUCAUGUAUUUCAGCCAGGUCACCCACCCCGCCAGAGCCAGAGGAUGCCACCGUGGGACACCCGAGGGAGGGGGGGCGGGGGGUGAUGAGUGUAACGGCAGAACUAUCCAGACUCUCCUCAUCCUCCCGCCUCUCUCUUCACUGUCAGAGACACGUGGGGCACAGUGGGGCAUUCUGGGAAAACAAAAGCAGUAGGCGUGGCCUGCCUGCGCGGAACACAGCUGCUUGUCUUCGCUGUUAUUCCCCAACCAGGCGACCUGUUGAGUUUCUCCCACCAAACAGAGCAAGCGCAUCUACAGGGUGUGUCCAGUCAGAGGAAGGGGAAGAAGAAAAAACAUUUGAUUUCCACGUGUUGGUUUUUGUUUUUUUGUUUUUUUUUUAUGUGAAGCCAGUCCGGUCCUGUGUUUGAAAGUGAGCUGAGACCUUUACAUACUUUUUUCAUGGUGACUUUUGUGUCGAUCGUUGUCUGUUUAUUUGCGAUUAGCUGUAUGGGGGUAUUACUUGGGUGUCUUAUAUCAUUGGUUUACAGGGUAUACAUGCUGUUCACUGUUGGUGUUAUCAUACAUUCAAAAAAGGUAGACUUUUGUAAGACGAAUGGAGGCGUGUUGUCUCGAAGCAAAAAAAAAAAAAAAAAAAAAAACCGCGGGAGAAAAAGGCAGCGGAAGUCAUUAGAGACAGGAAGACGCUCUUUCUCUCGCCUUUUUUAUAUUUACAGUGUAUAUAUGUUUGACUGUGUUGAGACUGUUUUUUUUUUUUUUUUUUUUUUUGGACAUUGAGCACUUAGUCAUCAGUCUUCACAAUGGCAUUUUAGGAGAAAACGAGUUCAGGCAGGUAGAACCGGCAUGCAGACAGAUGGCACCGACCUUCGCGGUCUCACGCUUGUGCCAUUUCGCGUAGGCAUUUUACCCACUUCAACAAAACACGUCAUUUUGUGUCCCGGGCACAGGCGACAAUCGCAGAGAAGCCGCGAAACAGCCGAGCCGCGCUGAGCAGGCAGGGGCCAACCCGAAGCGCUGCUUUUUCACGACUCCACUUGCCCCACGAACGGAAGAGAGAAAACGAAUAUAAAACCCAAGCCGUCGUCGUCGUACGCUCACUACGUGCCGCUGCUGGCCGUAGUGCUUUUCGGCCCGCUGUUCUGGUUUCACAGUCUUUUCUCGUACGAGCUGUUGACAUUCAGAUGUUGGUUUGACCUCUGACCCUACUGUCUGCAAGGUGGGAGAGCAUCGCUCCCACAGACAAUGGUGCUGUCAUGCCAGGUUUAAAACCUUAUAACCUAUACCUUUUUUCUUUUGUACAGUUUUGAACUAUUCCUAGUGUUAAGUGCCAUUUUUUUUCCCAUAUACAGUACUGAAGUUACCAAGUGACUACGCACAAUCUGUUUUGCAUCGUUUCGUUUUUUUAUGCCGGGAUUAUAGAUGUUGAACGGCUGGAGAUUGGAAACCAAGAGCAAGGGAAACCUCCUCCUUCUGUGGGGGAUUGUGUCUAAAUCUGUUCAAAUCGGAUUUCCUUCUGGUCCAGUUCUGACCCUGCGCACGGACUCAAGUCCGGCCGAUAGCCCGAACCGGACCCUGCCGUGUUCCUACGUCUCGCUUCCGUGUUCCCAAGCCAGCAGCAGGGCAUGCAGCUUUGCAGAGCUGACCUUACAUAAACUGUGACGGUAGUAUCAAUAACGGCGAUAAUAUCAGCAGUACUGCAUGCGCCUUAGACCGAAUGAAGACUUUUUUCCCAGAAUUCUCUCUCCUGUCCCUCGCUUGUGUGAACACUAUGGAGAUCGGCUCGGAGCAGCUCUUGUGUGAGGAGAGAACAGGCUCACCCUGCAUGUGGGGAGCUGGGACGCCGUUCUGUAGCUGCCCUGCGGUCAGCCCAGCCGCACAGGCUUCUCAGGUGUGGCCCAAACCUGACACAAUCUGCUUUUCUGCGCUUAAAGCUGGCCAGCGUUGUGAAAUCGGCGGUUAAGCGGUUCGCAAAAAAAAAAAAAAAACCUUUUGAGUUUGCGUUUUUCCCGUGUGGGGAAAGCCCUGGCGGAAUUCGGGCCGGUCCCGCUUUGUUAGCGAGGCGCUAACCUUGUUAGCGUGCCGUGCCUGAC